UUGCGAACGCGUCCGUGCCACAUCAGAAAUUGUGUUGGUGUUUUGUGCAGCGUUGUGCUUUUUGUUAGAGGAUCGGUUUCUUCUAAUUGUUUAUCGUGAGGAUGCAACGCAGCACGGCCGACGGUGCAGCGGGAGUGGCGGAUCUUCCCGUGGAGAUGGCGAACGCGGAUCAGCAGGUGGGCGGACGCAACCUGAUCGUCACCCACCUCCCCAUCGCCGUGCGUGCGCCUUUCCUGCGCAGCAUCUUCGGCACGCGGCGGAUCCUCGGCCCGGACGCCACGCUGGAGGAGUGCCGUGUGGCCAUGCGAACCGACGCGACAGGUCGCGAAACCAGCCGCGGCUUCGCCUUCGUGACGUACAGCCACGCGGAGGCGGCCGCCCGUGCGAUGGAGCUGCUGGACGGAUUCUGUCUCAUUGAGACGGCUGCUCCGUGGGAGGUGGACGCCGACGGCCGUCCCAAGCGCAAAACCAAGCGCUUAAAGGUGGCGCAUUGUCGCCCGCCCGCCCAGCCGCACCGCCACAGCAACCUCUUCGCCACCGGGAUCCCGUGUGCGUGGCGCCUGGCGGAUCUGCAGCGCCACUUCAACCAAUGGGGCGGCACCAUCACCGCCAGCACGAUCGCGCCACGCGACUGUCCCUGCAACGGCGGCGUGCGGCCCUGCAGCCGGACCAACUGGGGAUUUGUCCGUUUCGCUCGCCAGGAGGAGGCCGUGACGGCCCGCGACGAAUGCCACAAGAUGCACGGAGAUCCGUCAAAUCCGCUGCUGCACGUCACGCUCCUGGACGACGCCGAUCCGCGCUUCCACCACGCGUAA